AUGCAAGACGAUAGCGGAGGCACGAUGGAAGACAACGACGGGGCGACACCAUGCAAGAUGAGACGUGACAACUUAGGGCAGCGGACCCACGACAGUAGAAGCAGCUUUACGAGGCCAAUGUCUGGUUUACUGCGUCUCCUCAAUUGUUUCGUUUUUGGCCAAGGAAAGGAAGAAACUGUUGACUUGUGGAUCAUUCAUAUUCCGUUUCAGACACAAAUUGCUCAAAUUCAACAAACACCAUACUUUGUCUCUGGAGUUAUUUUGGACAUUGAAUAUCGGAAGGGUGUAGAAGGAAAACCCAUGUCUGACAAGAAAUCUACUCAAACAAAGUAUGAUGUUUUUGUUAGCUUCAGGGGCGAGGACAUUCGUUCAGGGUUUCUCAGCCAUUUGGUUGAGACUUUUCAAAGGAACAAAAUAAAUGCCUUUGCGGAUGAUAAACUUGAGAAGGGAAAUGAAUUAUGGGAAUCACUUGCGGGAGCAAUUGAAGGAUCCAUCAUUUCGUUGAUUAUAUUCUCACAAGGCUAUGCUUCUUCGCGUUGGUGUUUGGAUGAACUUGAAACAAUACUUGAAUGCAAUAUGAAAUAUGGUCGCAUUGUAAUCCCUGUUUUCUACCAUGUGAAGCCCACAGAUGUACGACAUCAAACUGGGAGUUACAAAAAAGCAUUUGAUGAGCAUGAAAUAAAAUACAAGAGCAAGGAUGGUGAAAGUGAUAACUCAGUAGUUGUUGGGUUAGAAAGGUUGAAAGAUAAAGCUCUUGUUACUUUCUCUGACAAUAACUUUGUAUAUAUGCAUGAUAUUUUAAAAGAAAUGGCUUGGGAGAUUCUUCGUCGAAAGUCUAAGGAAUACCCUGGAAGCUUUAGUCAGUUGUGGGAUUCGCAUCACAUAGAUGAAGCACUUGAAAAUGACAAGGGUAGUGAGACCAUUAGAAGCAUACAAAUUGACUGGCCAACAAUUAAGAAGCAAAAGUUAAGCCCUCACAUAUUUGCCAAGAUGAACAAACUACAAUUUUUGAAAAUUUCAGGGCAAAGUCAAUAUGAUUGCAUUGAUCAACAUAAUAUUCUUGCUGAAGGGCUUCAAUUUUUGGCAACUGAUCUAAGAUAUCUUUGUUGGCAAUAUUACCCUCUAAAAUCUUUGCCAGAGAAUUUUUCUGCAGUAUUACUUGUUGUGUUGAAAUUGCCAAAUGGCAGAUUCAACAAACUUUGGCAUGGAGUGAAGAAUCUUGUGAAUUUAAGAAUAGUUGACCUCUCUGACUCCGAGAAGUUGGAGGAGUUGCCAGAUUUAUCAAAAGCUACAAAUCUUGAAGAACUGUAUCUCGGGGGUUGUUCUAUGUUGAGUAGUGUGCAUCCAACUAUUUUCUCUCUGGCCAAACUUGAAUGUUUGGACCUUGGGUUUUGCACGUCCCUUACCAUACUUUCAAGCAAUUCCCCUUUAUGCAGCCUCAAAGAUCUCAACCUGGUUAGGUGCCGGAAACUUGAGGAAUUUUCAUUGAUAUCAGAGAAUAUGACAAACUUAAGAUUAACAUGGACGAAGGUCACAGCAUUUCCCUCGUCAUUUGGAGAUCAAAGCAAGCUUGAAUUGCUAUGUCUCCAAGGAAAUGACAUCAAGAGGACAAAAUUUCUGUUGUGGAAUUGCUUGAACUUGGAUCAACAUUCCUUGGCUGCCAUUGCGUUGAAUGCGCAAAUCAAUGUGAUAAAAUUUGCAAACCAACACUUACCUUCACCAGAUGAUGCUGAACACAACAACUAUUGUGAUAAUACUGAUCGUUCCAAUCAAAUUGUUUAUGCGUAUCCAGGAAGGUCUGUUCCAGAUUGGUUGGAGUACAAGACAAAAAAGAGUUAUAUAACUAUUGAUCUCUCUGCUGCUCCACUUUCUUCGCCGGUGGGCUUCAUUUUCUGCUUUGUUCUUGGUAAGUACAGAGAAGCAAGGUGUGGAAAAAUUGAAGCAAACAUCACUAUAAGUGAUGGUGAGGGUGAACAUAGAAAGGAAAGUGUGGGAAUGUGCAUCGAUGAUCAUUAUGAUAAAAUUGAGUCCGAUCACCUGUGUGUGAUAUAUGACCAAGGAUGUUCUGGCUACCUAUGGAGCAAAGCCAAAAAUGGUACAAGGUUGAAAGUCGAGGUGACAGUGAUGUUCCGAUCCUCAUCCAAUCAUAUUUGUGUGCUGCCAGACCACGUGUUUCAAGGAUUUGGAGUCAGCCUAAUAAGCACAUCGGCAUAUAACAAUUUCAUUAAAAAAAUGGAAUUGCGUGACUCCAUUCCGCAUCGAGUUCCUAGCAGGAGCUCCUGGACGAUGAACGUAGCCACCAUUGCCUUCAUAAACUUCCCCUUCCAAAUCUCACCACUCUCCUUUCGCGCCUCCCACCAUCCCGCCAAUCUCUCACUCUCUUUCACUCCUCUUUCUAUCUCCAGAACCGCCAUGGCCUCCGCCGCUCUCCGAUCGCCCUCUCCGGACACCACCGAACUCUGCGAUGAGUCCGACUUCGAAUCUCUCCUCUCGCCUGACGGUUACAUCUCCAUAUGUGGCUUCGGCUCUCUCCUCUCCGAGAGAAGCGCACGAAGCACUUUCCCCGAUUUGGCGAACUUCCGAACCGCUCGGUUGAACAGCUUCCGGCGCGUCUUCGCUCAUGUCGCUCCGGUUUUCUUCGAGCGCGGCAUUGCCAAACCCGAAACCAUGGAAAUUUCGAGCUUGAGUGUGGAGUCAUGUGAAGGAGAAACUCUGGUGGUAACAGUUUUUGAGAUCAGAAAAUCAGAGAUUCCAGAUUUUAUCAAGAGGGAGGUCGAGUUUCGGUUCCUUGCUGUUCUUCCUGAAACGCUCGAUGGCAAGGCUUUUGAUUUUCCGGCGGUCCUUUGUACACGUUACAGUGAUGAGGAAUUUUUCAACAUCAGAUGUAAAGGAAAUAAGGAGAUCUAUUUUCAGCAAUAUGGUCGGUGGAAUAUAGAUAAAAUUUGGAGAGAUGAUGUGCUACCUUGUCGGGUUUAUCUUCGACACUGUGUACUGGCAGCAAAGAAUCUUGGUGAAACAGCUUACAACAACUUUCUGGAUCACACUUAUCUUGCUGACCGUAAAACAACCAUUGGCGAAUACUUGGCAACAACAGGUUCUGGCAUCAUGCAAGAGCAGCCCCCUGAAUCCCUGAAGCACCGCUAUGGCGGUUGA